GUACGGAUGGCAAUGGGCGGGGCUGGCGCUGUUCUCGCUUUCGAUUUUGCUGGCUGGAUCGCGCUCGCGCGCAUAUAGACACAUACGUACUAUAACGUACAUACGCACGUACGCACGUACAUAUACACAUACGCGGAAACGGAAUGCGAGCGCCGGGAUGCGGACCGUAGCAGAGGUGGCGGCGGUGGUAGAAGGUGAUGGCGACGGAAUUGGGAGGGCAUGCGACUGAUCCUCCUGGCCUCCAACCACCUUCCCAGGACUUUGGUCAGCAUUGUAAGAAAGAAAUCAAAAAUAAGGAAGGUAGCUUCACAAGCACUGAAUGCAUCGAACUAAGAACAAUGGAUCUGAAAUUCAACAACUCCAGGAAAUAUAUUUCCAUCAGUGUCUCUUCCAAAGCCCAAACUAUGUCACCGCACAUCAAGUCAAUAGAUGAUGUUGUAGUACUUGGUAUAAAUCUCAGCAAAUUUAACAAACCCACUCAGUUUUUCAUAUGUGUUACAGGAGUAUUUGUAUUUUACUUAAUCUAUGGAUAUUUGCAGGAAUUGAUAUUCUCAGUGGAAGGUUUUAAGCCCUUUGGCUGGUAUCUUACUUUAGUUCAAUUUGGGUUUUAUUCCAUAUUUGGACUAAUAGAACUUCAACUUAUUCAGGACAAAAGAAGAAGGAUACCAGGAAAAACCUAUAUGAUAAUAGCUUUUCUAACCGUGGGUACUAUGGGUUUGUCAAACACUUCCCUAGGCUACCUGAAUUACCCCACCCAAGUCAUCUUCAAGUGCUGCAAAUUGAUUCCAGUUAUGCUAGGAGGAGUUUUUAUUCAAGGAAAGCGUUACAAUAUUGCAGAUGUGUCUGCUGCAGUGUGUAUGAGUCUUGGGCUGAUAUGGUUUACUCUAGCUGACAGUACGGUUGCACCAAAUUUCAACUUGACAGGUGUGGUCCUUAUCUCCCUUGCCCUCUGUGCAGAUGCUGUUAUAGGAAAUGUACAAGAAAAAGCUAUGAAGAUGCACAAUGCUUCCAAUUCAGAAAUGGUUUUGUAUUCCUAUUCAAUAGGUUUUGUGUACAUUUUAUUGGGACUGACAUGCACUACUGGAUUAAGCCCUGCAGUAGCAUUUUGUUCAAAGCAUCCAAUACAGACGUAUGGUUAUGCAUUCCUUUUCUCCCUUACUGGGUAUUUUGGAAUCUCCUUUGUUCUGGCUUUGAUUAAAAUUUUCGGUGCUCUUCUUGCUGUAACAGUAACAACUGGAAGAAAAGCAAUGACCAUUGUGCUUUCCUUUAUAUUCUUUGCUAAGCCAUUCACAUUUCAGUAUGUCUGGUCUGGUUUAUUAGUUGUGCUUGGUAUAUUUCUAAAUGUUUACAGCAAAAAUAUGGACAAAAUCAAGCUCCCAUCACUAUAUAGUCUGCUAAAUAAAAAAUUCGAAGACAGAAAAACAAGGACGUUGGCACAAACAGUAUAGGCAGUAAUUUAUACUGUCUCAAAUGAAACUUUUUUUGAGGGAACAAUUAUCAAUUCAAUUUCCAAAGGGAUCUUUAUAAAAACCAAAGGAGGAAAAGGUAAGCUGUGCAUUGUGGCUUAAAGAUGAACUUUUUUUUUUUUUUUUUUUAUGAAAUCAACAUUCUCUUCAGAACACUUGAAUUCAUAUUACUUUUGAAACAUUCAGCAAAGCCAAUGUGUAGCACAUUAUAAGAAUAAAACAUCAAGAUGAAGGACCAAAGUAUUUGGCAGCUUACGGAUAAUUUCUAUUGGAAAUGAGACUUUGCAAGACCAAGACCAAUUUGGAUACCAUAUUUGUGUCAUAUCUAAAAUGUCAUUAAUAUGGAAUUUGUAGAUUUUCUUGCUUUAUUAUUUUCAUUGUUUGAUUAGAGUUAUUAAAAUUGAUUUUUUCUAUUAUUAUGAUACUGAUGACCAACUUUAUACUUUAAACUCUUAGGAGAAUGGUUAUUUUAAAUGAAAACAUAUUUAAUGAUUUAUAAUGUCUUAAUAUAAUUAUGUAUUGAAAGUUGAAAAUGAAAAUUAGAUUGUCUUUAAUGAAACAAAAAAUUGGGGGAUUUUUCUCUCACUUGAAAUUUAAAAAUCUAUUGUCUAAUGAAACAUGCCUUUUAAUUACUCUAUAAAAUGUGCCUGGAAUAUCUAUAGGAGACACCUUUAUGCAAAAGUUAAAUGAAUAUCAAUAAAAGGAAUUGUUUCUGCCCACUAGGAUGAUUCUGAAAAAUUAAUUUAUCCCAGAAGGGCUUAUUCACUUAACUAUGGUAUAAAAAGUUUGUCUUAAAAUGAUUAUAGUUUAUUUUUCUUACAAAAUAUGAGUCAGCUUUGAAACAAUAAAAGAUGGUGCAGUUAUAAUUGAAAGUUUGGUUUUUCAUGUGUACAAAAAAUAGUAUACAGGCUCUUAAAUAGCAGAAAAAAAAUUUAGGCUAUUUAUAGGCUAUUUUAGGUUCAAUAACUGCCACUAAAAUGUUAUUUUUAAAAUGUCAUUAAAACAGGGAUACAGCUUUGGAAUGACUGAGUUUUUGAAGGCAAUGCCAGGGUGGGUAGUACAAACUUAAUCAGACCCUCACAAAGGGGAAGGGCUAACUAUGGGUCUGCCAGCCUUACUAUGUUUGGAGUGUGUCAUCCCCUGAAAGAUGGCCAAUAGAUAAUAUUGAUUUGGGGAGAAACAGGAGUUUACAUUUUGCCACCCCAACUCAUAAAGAAUUAUUAUUUACCAAUGUGUAGAUGGAAUCAUUGAUAUUUUAUAAUAUUAAAGUGUGUACAAAAAGACAUAGGGAACUGUCUACACCAAUAGAUCACAGUCUUUCUUAGUAGAUAAGGUCAUAAUACCAUAGAGCCACAACUGGAAGAUCAUCUAGUCUAAUUCCCUCCUUUUUCAGAUAAUGAAUUAAGGAUAAAUAGGAAUUAGUGUAUUGCUCAAGGACAUAGGAGGACAUUUUGGGAGGUUAACUCAGGUUCCCUCGAUACAGUACUUAGUGUAGUGAGAUAUCAAAACACAUUGCUGAUAAGGGAAUUGUCUGAUUCAGCAGAAUAAUCAGCAGACAAGAAUGAACCUAAGUAAAUGUUUGUAACCUCAAGCCCAGGACUUUAUCCAUUAAAACAUAAGUCCAAAAAUAUAGCACUUAGAAUUUGCUUAUAUUUAACAUAAUCCACAUUUUUUAGUCAUUUACUUUUAAUUAUACUAACAGCUUUUCAAAUCUCUAAUAUAUAGCAAAGCUUAUUUGAAACAAUAUAAAUUUGACUUCCCAAUACAAAUAAUACUGGUCAAAUCAAAUCAAUGUCUGUUCCACCAGAUAAUUUCACACAUGCUUCUUGGAUGUCAGUCAAUAGUCAAUUUAUUGAUUGCUCUCCAUGUGCUCAAGUCCUAUGCCAAGCAGUGGGGAUACAAAAAAGAACAAAGGACAAGCCUUCCCUAAAGGGGCUCAAAAUCUCAUGGAGGAGACAACAGGCAAACAAAUAUGUGGCAAACAAACUUUAUACAGGAUAAAGAAGUAAUUGAGAGGGAAAGUACUAGAAUUAAGAAGGAUUAAAAAAGGUUUUCUAUGAAAGGUGGGAAUUGUUUUGAGGCUUGGAGAAAACCAGGAAAUAGAAGUGAAAAGGGAAGAAUAUUCCAGGCAUUAGAGAAACCAGAGAAAUUUCCUUGAGCCAUGAUGAUAUGUCAUGUUCAGAGAACAGUCAGGAGACCAAUAUCACAGUAUGUGGAUAUUAUAAGGUAGAAAUAUACUAGAAAGGUAUAACUAAGUCAUGAAGGGCUUUGAAUGUCAAAGAUUCUAUAUUUGUUCCUAUAAGUAACAGAGCCAUUAUUUAUUAUUAUUUUAUUAAGUCUAAGUUUAUUAAAUGUGGAGUUGGAUUGUUGACAUGGUUGGACCUGUGGUGUUGGAAAGUCCUUGGUUGACGGAAUGGACAGUAGAUUGAAGAGAGACUUAAGGUAGACAAACCCACCAGCAAGCUAUUGAAGUAAUGUAAACUGAGGUGAUGAGGACUUCUACCAAUAUGAUGAUAGGAGGAGGAAAGGGGAUAUAUUUGAGGGACAUUGCAAAGGUUAAAUCAACAGAUUAGAUAUGAUCAUUAACCUUGUCAGUUAUUAUAAUGGUUGUCACUAAAUUUCUGGUGAUGGCAACUUAAUGAAGAACUGAUCAUCAGUAUUUGAAAAUUUUUACCUUUUCUUAGUCACUUGUUUGAAAAGUUCAAUUCUAAUCUUUCAAAACUGAUCUAAGAUUAAGAAGCAUGAUGACUUUUAACAUGUAUUUGUAAAUUCUUCAUAUUGUUUGUAAAUGAACCAUGAAAAAUCAUGUAUUCUACUCUUCUUACCUUAGAAGAUGGAUAAAUAAAAAAUGUCCUUUUGGGAGAAAGCACCUAAUAAAAAAGUUGUUCACACAAAAUCCUCAAUAA